AUGCCGAAUUAAAGAGCUAAAUUAGCAGCUAACUUAAUCAGCAAUAUUCUAUAAGAGCUGUCUGUUGGCUAGCAUGAAACUGGACUUUAUUACAAAAGGAAACGCUAUGUUUCAUCUGUCAUUGGAGGAAUUCUUACUAUUUUAGCUCUGCUAUUCUUAAUUAUCAUCGGAGCUCAGCUGAUAAGUGAUGUACAAGAGAAAAAAGAGAUUAAAACUAUUACAAGCCUCAAGACUAAGUAUGAAUACUGGUAUAAUAUGACUUGUGAAAAUAAGCAAAAUUUUUUAGAAAUAGCUUUUAAUCUGAGCAGGAAUAUUGAUGAGUAUUUUCAGUAUGUGACUGCUGAUGAUUUAGUAACAGUACAAGUUGUCACAUUUGAUAAGAAAUUUAAUACUGAUAACUACUUUGUUCUAUUUUAAAGUGACAGUUCUUUCUUUAAUGGAAACAAAGUGCAACGUAUAUAGUUUAUGUCACUUCCACUAAAAUUCAGAAAUUAACACAUCAUUAAUAUGGGAAUCAUGAUAAUUAAAUCUACCGAGUCUUUGUGGCAGCUUGAAACUCAGUUCGAAAUAACUUAAAUGUAUUUGACCAUGAGAGAUCCAACUUAUAAUUUUGAGUAAUUCAAGGAUAAUACUCUCUAGAUGGUCUUCAGUUUCAACAAGUUCUUUCAAAAUUAUCCUAUUUAGACCAUAUACCUUGAACCAGCGAGUUACUUUUCAGCGAUUUCAAAGCUUGGAGGGUACUUUAGUGUGCUUUCAAUACUUGGCAUUCUGCUGAUGAAUUACCAUUAGUGGAGAUUUGAAAGAGAGCUUUUCUAUAAGAUGAGACAGAUUUCGAUCAAGGAAGAUUAAAAAGAUGUUACAAGAAAACAAGUUGAAGAAUCGCUUAGUUUUGACAAACUAUUUGAACUGUCAUAAGUGAAGACAUUAAAAUAAACUGAAGAAAAUAGAAGAGAAGAAUCUCCUUUCAAGUAAGAGCGACUCUAAAAUCAAGAUGACUUUCCAGAUCAUUAUCGCUAGCAUCGUCAUCCCUAACAUAUUCAUUCUGCUGCAUCAUUUAGCCUAAAUAAUAGCACCAUAAAAAAUAAAAACAACAGUAGAAAUAAAGAUAGAAUAUCCUCAGCCAGGUAAAGUAAAGAUGAGCUAGAAAUGCAAUAAAAGCUUUUGAAAGUUAAUAUUGAUUUUUGA